AUGGAUGCUAAACUACAUCUUGCUUCUACUGUUACAAACAUCAAAAGCCUUAUUCCCGUAACCUCAGAGAUGGAUAGCAGAUUGUACGCAUCAUGGAGCAAACUUUUUCGCCUCCACUGUCAUGCGUUUCAAGUUAUACAACACCUUUCUCCCAGGCCACUCGCUGAAUCUUCUUCGUCCAAAGAAACCGAAAAAGACAAAGACAAAACCACUAAACCUGUCGAUGACUCGUGGGAUCGUCUAGAUGCUAUCGUUUUGCAAUGGAUUUAUGCAACUAUAUCCAGUGAUCUCUUACACACCAUUCUGAAACCUAAUGCUACUACUCAUGAAGCAUGGGUGGCUCUCGAAAAUAUCUUUCACGACAACAAAAGUUCACAGGCUAUUCAUCUCCUUCACAAGUUCUCCAACACACAUCUUAGCGGCGUUCCAACUAUAUCCAGUUCACUGGUCGAUAACCAGAGCCUCGUCUUAUAA